UCCUUCAAACGGCAAGAGAGUAACUGAAGAAAAUGGCUCCAGAGAGAAAGCGCUCAGCGUUUCUCAGUUAUUCUCAAGGAGGUGUUUGCAAAAUGUGUCACAUAUUCCUGCUCUUAUGGUUACUUCACUUCUCCUCAGUUUACUCAGAUAUAACAGACGGCAACGCUGAGCACUUAAAGCGGGAGCAUUCACUCAUUAAACCAUAUCAAGGUGUUGGAACGAGCUCUUCAAGUCAAUGGGAUUUUUGGGGGAGUACUCUGGUGACCAGCCAAUAUGUACGCUUGACCCCUGAUGAACGUAGCAAGCAGGGUUCCAUUUGGAAUACAGUGCCCUGUUAUUUGAAAGACUGGGAGAUGCAUGUGCAGUUUAAAGUUCAUGGAUCAGGAAAGAAGAAUCUGCAUGGGGAUGGAAUUGCAAUUUGGUACACAAAAGAAAGAUUACAUCCUGGGCCAGUCUUUGGAAACCAAGACCAUUUUGUAGGCCUGGCUAUUUUUGUGGAUACUUUCCGCAAUGACCUCCACGGCAUGGAUCGUUCAUUUCCCUACAUUUCUGCAAUGGUGAGUAAUGGUUCUUUUGCAUAUGAUCAUGGAAAAGAUGGCCGAUCUACAGAGCUGGGGGGAUGCUCUGCUGAAAUCAGAAACAAAGACCACGACACAUAUCUUGCCAUUCGGUACUCCAAAGGCAGACUCACAAUUAUGGUCGACGUUGAUGACAGAAAUGAGUGGAAAGAAUGUAUUGAUAUUGGAGGAGUCCGUCUUCCUACAGGCUACUAUUUUGGAGCCUCUGCCGCAACUGGAGAUCUCUCUGACAACCAUGACAUCAUCUCGAUGAAAAUGUACCAGCUGAUGGUAGAACACACUCCUGAGGAGGACAGCCAGGACUGGACUAAGAUUGAGCCCAGUGUCAGCCUGCUCAAGUCUCCAAAAGACAACAUUGAUGAUCCUACCGGUAAUUUCCGGAGCACGCCUCUUACUGGCUGGAAGGUCUUCCUGCUCCUGCUCUGUGCACUUCUUGGGAUCGUUGUUUGUGCUGUUGUAGGAGCUGUGGUCUUUCAGAAACGACAAGAGCGGAACAAGAGAUUUUACUAGACAUAAACCUGAACAGGACAAUUUCAAAGGACUCUUAAGAGAUAUGGGUUGGAGACAAAUGUGAAAUUUUAGCAGUGGUAAAAAUGCAUAUUACUGAAGUGAACAAUUGAAAGAGAAUCAUAUAAGGUGUGUUUUGUAUGCUUGGAAAAUGGUGUGUGUGUGAAGGGCUGGACUGCAAUGACUUCAACAUGGAUUCUUUUUUUUCUUUUUUGUUUGUGGUUUCAGUACAAGUUAUUUGGCCGGUUGCACCAGUGUAUACAGCAAAAUGCAUAUGAUCACACAUUUUGAACAGCUGAAGUAAAAAGAAAAAUACAAAAAAAAAAAAAUAUUGGAGAUCUUUUUGGUUCAGUCAGGCCCAACUGCUGUAUGACAAGUGAAUUCUCUGAUUAGCUCUGUCUGUCCAUGAAUACUCUGAAGUGUUUUAAGUAGUAUGAGUUGAUUUUGAUUUUAUUUUUGAUUUAAAGCAAAAACAUUUUUGUUUGUUUGUUUGUUUGUUUUUUCUUCCAGGUUAUGUUUCAUUAAUGUCUGUUGGUUGUGAGGGGGACUGUAUUAAACUUUUCUUCCGAAAGGAAAAUGGUGAUCGAGAAAGAGGUCUGAGAAAGAGAAUUCAAGUGGAUAAAGGAUUGAUUCCGGUUAAAAGCUACUGCCGUUUUGACUUUGAGUAAACAGCAUGUUUACAUAACAUUUACAGCAUGUUUCUCCAGGAUGAUGGUUCAGCUGGUUAUUGCAGAUUGUUUUUAGCAUAAGUGUUAGCUAAAGGAGUGUGAAAUAAGAUCAAAUUGUUAUCUUAAAAAUUAAAUCCAGUCUCUCGCUACAGAUUUUGAUCCAGUUUUCCAGCUUUACAGUGUUAAUGGAGAAUUUUCUGGUGAAUGCACAUCCUUUCAGUUGUUUAUUAAAUGAUGGUCUGUAUUUGCUUGAACUUUAUUGGCUGCAUAUGAGGGUCUUGUAAUGAGCCCACAUCAUUUGGAGAAAGCAGCAGAAAAAUGCAAAGGCUUGCGCACCCCUAUUAAAUUACACGUUUUGUUGGUUUUCUAACUGAAAAUAAAUUUAAAAACCUGAGUAUAACACUUUUUUGCUCAUUUUGGUGCACAGUUUCUAUUUAUUUACUGAGUUUAACAUAUUGUAAAAUAUUAAGUGUGCCAUAACUUUUGCACACACUUUAGUUUAUUAUGUUAAAUUUAGUAAAUAGUAAUAGUGCAGAAGUGAGUUCUGUGGAGAAUCUGGUGACUUAUUUUCAUAUAAAAAAAAAUCAAUAAAACAUCUCGACCAGUGGUGCCCAAACUUUGGGAUGACCAUAUAUUAUUUUUGAUCAAACAUUUUACAAACAAAUUAUUCUUUUUAUUUCAAAGUUGUCUAUCAACUGUAAUGAAACAUUCACCUACAGUCUUUGAAAUGGAUCUUUGUAGAUGACGGACUGAUUAAAAUGCACUGAUGUAUGUUUUUGCUGGCGUUCCAUACCAAGUCUUACUCUCUGUGACACAGAAUGGGCAAAGGUUGUACAGGAAAACUGCAGUGAGUGGAUUGUAAAUAAAGCAGUUCCUCCAGUAA